AUGCGUGCUUGUCUUGGGCUACAAUCACAUUUCGCCUCAUCAGCCACCAGCCCCACCCCCCUUCACGAUCGCCGUCUGCAGCCAAUGUUGGGUUCAUUUAAACCCUGCAUCUUGGCUCUGCUGGACGCCACUGCUCGGCCAUUUUGCCCCUCCACUUGCCACAUUCAAUCCCCUUCAUUGUGUCACGCAAAGCCACACACACGCACAUAUUGGUGCGUAUAUAUGCAUAUAUGUCUGUGUGUGUGUGUGUGUGUGUGUAUACCGGUAGACAAGCGCACACAGACAAUACCCACAAUUGCUACACACAUGCACAAACUGAUCGGCACGGGAUUCGUUGAGCCGAUGUCUCUUCUGCUUGCGACCCCUCAAUCCAACCAACUGGACCAAUCUCCACCGGCCGGCGUGCACUACUCGACCAGCCCGUCCGGCCCAGGUAGGCCGGCUUGUGUGAAUCCUACCCUCCAUAGGCCACCAAAGAGACGCCGAAUUGCCGACCCACGACCCACGACCCACUGCGACUCGUUCAUCCCCUCUUGCACAGCCCGGGGCGGAGGGGAACCCCAUCGUCCACACAAUUUGAGUCUACCACCCGUCGACACAAGUCCUCCUCACAUUUCGAUACACCGCAUUGUUCCCCUUUUUAAGCUGCUCCCCGCCCCACCCUCAUCUCGCAUGUCCGGCGCCCGACCACACACACACACACACACCAGCACACAUACACACACCUGCAUGCAUGUGGAGACCCCGCAUCGCCUCGGCCGGACUCGACUUUGA